AUGCCGGCGGGCAUGACGAAGCAUGGCUCCCGCUCCACCAGCUCGCUGCCGCCCGAGCCCAUGGAGAUCGUGCGCAGCAAGGCGUGCUCCAGGCGCGUCCGCCUCAACGUCGGGGGUCUGGCGCACGAGGUGCUCUGGCGCACCCUGGACCGCCUGCCCCGCACGCGGCUGGGCAAGCUGCGCGACUGCAACACGCACGACUCGCUGCUCGAGGUGUGCGACGACUACAGCCUCGACGACAACGAAUACUUCUUCGACCGCCACCCGGGCGCCUUCACGUCCAUCCUCAACUUCUACCGCACCGGGCGGCUGCACAUGAUGGAGGAGAUGUGCGCGCUGAGCUUCAGCCAAGAGCUUGACUACUGGGGCAUCGACGAAAUCUACCUGGAGUCCUGCUGCCAGGCCCGCUACCACCAGAAGAAGGAGCAGAUGAACGAGGAGCUCAAGCGGGAGGCAGAGACCCUGAGGGAACGAGAGGGGGAAGAGUUCGAUAACACGUGCUGUGCAGAGAAGAGGAAAAAGCUCUGGGACCUCCUGGAGAAGCCCAAUUCUUCCGUGGCUGCCAAGAUCCUGGCCAUCAUUUCCAUCAUGUUCAUCGUCCUCUCCACCAUCGCUCUGUCGCUCAACACGCUGCCCGAGCUGCAGAGCCUGGACGAGUUCGGCCAGACCACAGACAACCCCCAGCUGGCUCACGUGGAGGCCGUGUGCAUUGCAUGGUUCACCAUGGAGUACCUGCUGCGGUUCCUCUCCUCACCCAAGAAGUGGAAGUUCUUCAAGGGCCCGCUCAAUGCCAUUGACUUGUUGGCCAUCUUGCCGUACUAUGUCACCAUCUUCCUCACCGAAUCCAACAAGAGUGUGCUGCAGUUCCAGAAUGUCCGCCGCGUGGUCCAGAUCUUCCGCAUCAUGCGUAUCCUCCGCAUCCUUAAGCUCGCACGCCACUCCACUGGCCUCCAGUCCUUGGGCUUCACCCUGCGAAGGAGCUACAACGAGCUGGGCUUGCUCAUCCUUUUCCUCGCCAUGGGCAUCAUGAUCUUCUCCAGCCUUGUCUUCUUUGCUGAGAAGGAUGAGGAUGACACCAAGUUCAAAAGCAUCCCAGCCUCUUUCUGGUGGGCCACCAUCACCAUGACGACAGUUGGGUAUGGAGACAUCUACCCCAAGACUCUCCUGGGGAAGAUUGUGGGGGGACUCUGCUGCAUCGCAGGGGUGCUGGUGAUUGCUCUUCCCAUCCCAAUCAUCGUCAAUAACUUCUCUGAGUUCUACAAGGAGCAGAAGAGGCAGGAGAAAGCAAUCAAGCGGAGAGAGGCUCUGGAGAGAGCCAAGAGGAAUGGCAGCAUCGUAUCCAUGAACAUGAAAGAUGCUUUUGCCCGGAGCAUCGAGAUGAUGGACAUCGUGGUGGAGAAAAAUGGAGAAAAUAUGAGUAAGAAGGACAAGGUGCAAGAUAAUCACUUGUCUCCCAACAAAUGGAAAUGGACAAAGAGGACACUGUCUGAAACUAGCUCAAGUAAGUCCUUUGAAACCAAGGAGCAGGGGUCCCCUGAAAAGGCCAGAUCGUCAUCUAGUCCUCAGCACCUGAACGUCCAGCAGUUGGAAGACAUGUACAAUAAGAUGGCCAAGACCCAAUCCCAGCCCAUCCUCAAUACCAAGGAGUCAGCCACACAGAGCAAACCAAAGGAAGAACUUGAAAUGGAGAGUAUCCCCAGCCCCGUAGCCCCUCUGCCCACGCGUACAGAAGGUGUCAUCGAUAUGCGAAGCAUGUCGAGUAUUGAUAGCUUCAUUAGCUGUGCCACAGACUUCCCCGAAGCCACCAGAUUCUCCCACAGCCCCUUGGCGUCACUUCCCAGCAAGCCUGGGGGCAGCAUGGCCCCAGAGAUGGGCUGGAGGGGAGCUCUGGGUGCCAGUGGUGGGAGAUUUGUGGAGGCCAACCCCACCCCUGAUGCCAGCCAACGCUCUACUUUCUUCAUUGAGAGCCCCAAGAGUUCUAUGAAGACGAGCAACCCCCUGAAGCUACGAGCACUUAAAGUCAACUUCAUGGAGGGUGACCCCAGUCCGCUAGUCCCCGUUCUGGGGAUGUACCAUGACCCUCUCAGGAACCGGGGGGGCGCUGCAGCUGCUGUCGCUGGACUAGAGUGCGCCACACUCUUGGACAGGCCUGUACUGAGUCCAGAGUCCUCCGUCUAUACCACAGCAAGUGCUAGGACACCCCCCCGGUCGCCUGAGAAACCCACAGCAAUAGCAUUCAACUUCGAAGCAGGUAUCCACCAGUACAUUGAUGCGGACACGGACGACGAGGGGCAGGUUCUCUACAGUGUGGAUUCCAGCCCUCCCAAGAGCGUGCAUGUGAGCACCAGUCCCAAGUUCAGCGUCGGGACAAGAUCAGAGAAGAACCACUUUGAAAGCUCCCCCUUACCCACCUCCCCUAAGUUCUUAAGGCAGAACUGUAUUUACUCUACAGAAGCAUUGACUGGAAAAGGCCCCGGUGGUCAGGAAAAGUGCAAACUCGAGAACCACAUCUCCCCCGACGUCCGCGUGUUGCCAGGGGGAGGGGCCCACGGAAGCACACGGGAUCAGAGCCUCUGAGCUACCCCACCUGCAGCAGAGACUUGUGGCAAAAGACCUCAGAGGCGUGCUGUGAGCUUUUCUGCACGAACUCUGGAACAGAAAGGCUCUGCAGAGCCCGCAGACAGGAGAAGCACUCCAGAGGAGGCUCCCUAGGGCCCUGAGAGCCAUGACAGGUACAAUAGAAUGAAGUCGGCCAAGCCACAGGCUAUGGCGUCUCCUUGUAACAACUCUACUGCCCUCUUUGGGAGAGGGUACGGGCAGAACUCAUAGCCACCACUACCACAUGCUAGACCUAACCAAGGCCGCCUACUCUUCUGUCACGGCUCUCCAUCACGGCCUCAGGGGGUGACAUCUCCAUCCCUCGGGCUUCGGCUGGAGAAGGAUGCCGGACAACAAGUGGCCAGGUUGUCUGAUUCAGUUCCGGGUGUGGCCUAGCCACCGCGAGGAACUCCUGCACAUCACCUCCCGAUUGGAUCCCACUGAUAGAAGGCUACAGAGGAUGCUCACGUCAUGGGGAAGUUUCUGCACCAUAAACCACGGUCCCAGCGCAAAACCUUUAGUCAAAUGUCUUCAUUGACUUCAGUGUUCCGUAGUACCUGAGAUUUUAUUUUGAGAUAUCAUCAGGGUGAGUUGCACCACUUGUACUUGAUUCUAAUUGCCCCCUGGCAAUCUGGGAAGGGUUCAGACGGCAGGCACUCAGCCAACAGUGUGAACUGUGAGCAUUGCUUUAGGGUUGUAUAAGGAAAACCCUCUCUGUACAUCAUUAGCGUAGACUCAAAAGAUAUGCAAGUGUCAAAUAUGCAAAAGAAAUAGCUUAUUCAAAGGGACUGUAUGUUAUCG